AUGCAAUCAGACUCUACAACCGAUCAAUCCAAAUCAACCCCAAAGAAUAUACUAAUCCUGCACGCAUGCAAUGCAACAAACGCACAUACCACAUAUAAUAUACUGAUAUUCCACAAAACCUACUUUACUACAUGCACGUACAAAACUCUCAGCAGCCAAGAAACCACCCACUUACCCCCCUUACUUCCCCAACACUUGCAAGUCACCUUAAGCCAACGAUUUAAAAUACUUACAUGUAAGCAAAGCAAGCGCAAUUUCUAUCCCAACUGUAUUUCACUUUGGUUUUUUGUCUCUCGUCCAAUCGCUUUGAUAUCCCUGUUUCAUCUUUGGGAUGCUAUAAAGCAAUGGUAUGAGUUUGAAACUGGAUUUGGAUUUUGA